AUGAUCAAAGUCAUCUACUUUGCUGCCAUUCAAAGCAGCCACGAGGACUAUUCGAGAGUCCAUGGCUGGAGAAUUCAUAUUUUGGUGAAAAUGAUUCCGUCCCACGACAUCCACAAUGAGAUCCACGCCCUUUUCAACAACUUGAGCAAAAUCCUCGCUCGAUCUAUAAUUAGUCGCAAAAUGGGCCCCAAUGGAUUUGAACAGAUUGCACUUCUUGUCACUUCCCGCCGUUGUGAUUUUUGA